UUUAAGAUAAGCAUUGGAGACUAAAACUUUACCACACAUACUCAAGACUCUUGGAACGUAAAGGUUGGUUUGAUUGAUUAUUCCAUUAUCAUGAUUAUGUAUAUAUAAUGUGGUUGAGUGAGUGGAGUGAAAGCCAUUAACAAAUUAAAUAUCAUCAAUUAUAGCUAUUUAUAUUCCACUGAAAAUGGGAAUUAGAUACCAAAAUGUUGCUGCAUGCGCAACAAUGGUACUUGUGAUGGUAAUGGCUGAAAUUGCAGACAUUUGUGCAAAUUCAAGUACUCUCCUCCACUCUCCGUGUCUUGAAAGAGAGAGGCAAGCUCUUGUGAAGUUCAAAGCAUCCCUGACUGAUUCAUCAAACAUGCUUUCCUCAUGGCAUGGCGAUGACUGCUGCCGAUGGAAAGGGAUCGGUUGUGAUAAUGUUACUGGUCAUGUUGUCAUGCUUGAUCUCACCACUCCUUAUGUGAAAUGCCGGAGACCUAUGUGGGAAGGAGAAUAUUGGUUAAGAAGUGAUGAUGAGGACAACUGUGACCUUUUAGGCUAUCAAUAUUUAGAAGCUCGGAAUGUUAAUUCAUCGCUGCUGGAACUGGAAUACUUGACUCAUUUGGACUUGAGUGGAAAUGACUUCUAUCUGAGUCCCAUACCGAUGUUCAUUGGUUCUAUGCAACGCCUCAGGUAUUUGUCCCUCUCUUAUGCUCGUUUUGGCGGGAGAAUACCCAGCAAUCUUGGAAAUCUCACCAACCUCCACUUUCUUGAUCUGAGUUGGAAUGAAUUUUCACGAGACAGCAACAUCAAUUGGAUUUCUCAUCUGCCAUUGCUGGAGCACCUCAACAUGAUGGGCUCUUUUAUUUACAAUGAGUCUCAGGUUAAUAUUAUUAAUCUCACCAUCACUGCUCCUAAUCUUCAAUUCCUAAAUCUUGCCGCCAAUGGACUUAGUGUGUCAAAUUUGGAUGCUUUACAAAACAUGACAUCUCUUGUGCAUCUUGAUCUUGGUUGGAACAAUCUUACUUCAGUUUCAUCUUGGUUUGGCAACUUUAAGAAACUUGAGUAUCUUGAUCUUUCACGGUGUGGGCUUCAUGGCCCAAUUCCAAAUGCUUUCCAAAAUGCAACUUCCAUUGAAUUUUUGGACCUUUCUCGGAACCAUUUUGACUCUCUUCCAUCCUGGUUUCACAAGUUUGAGAAACUCAAGCAUCUUUUUCUUUCAUCUAAUAACUUCCAAGGUACAAUUCCCGUUGCUUUACAAAAUAUAACUAGCAUCGAGUUCCUUGACCUUUUUGACAACUCUUUUACUUCAGUUCCAUCUUGGUUUGUUGAGUUAAAGAAACUUGUCUACCUCGAUCUUUCAUUUAAUAAAUUAACAUCUAUGGAAUGUUCCAUUUCAUCCAUUUUGAAAAAUAUGUGUCACCUGAAAACAUUAAAUAUAGGAGGAAACAAACUCCGAAAAGAAUUCAUUGGAAACAAUGAUUUGUCUACCUGCAUUAGACAUGAUUUGGAGAAUCUUGACUUGAGUCAAAAUGAAUUUAACCACCAUUUGCCAUCUUGGUUAGGACAACUUGUAAAUUUACGUGAUGUUGAUCUUUCAAAUAAUUCAUUUAAUGGAACAAUUACUCAAAAUCUUGAGCAACUUGUAAAUUUAGAAAUUUUUGAUGUCUCAAAUAAUUAUUUAACUGGAUCCAUUCCUUCGAGUCUUGGUCAACUUAUAAAUCUAACUAACCUUGAUUUGUCAAAUAAUUAUUUAAAAGGAUUCAUACCUACAAGUCUUAACCAACUUGUAAAUCUUAUUGAGCUUGAUCUUUCAAGGAAUAAACUAGAUGGGAGAAUUUGUAUUGAUUUUCAAAAAUUUGUGAAUCUGUUAUACCUGGAUCUGUCUUCAAACAAUUUGUAUGGAACCAUCACAGUGGAAGAAAGUCAUCCUUUUAUUAUCUCAGAAAUGGAGUAUUUGAAACUCUCAAAUAAUCAAAUCAGUGGCUCACUUCCUGAACAUAUUGGUCAUAUAAUGCCCAAUUUGGGGUCCUUGAUUCUUGGAAAUAACCUCAUAAAUGGUUCAAUUCCAAAAUCAUUGUGCCAACUUGAUGAUUUGAGUAUCCUUGACCUUUCAAAGAACAGGCUAUCUGGAGAAAUCCCCAAUUGUUGGAAAGAUAACAGAAAAUGGGACGAAAUAAAUUUGUCAUCCAACAAACUCACAGGGACUUUUCCAAGCUCAUUUGGGAAUCUUUCAUCUCUCAUAUGGUUGCAUUUGAACAAUAACAGCCUUCAUGGAGAGUUUCUAGCAUCUAUGAGAAAUUUGUCACAGUUGCUGAUUAUGGAUCUCGGAGAGAAUCAAAUUUCUGGAACCAUCCCAUCAUGGAGUGCGAACACAUUUUCUUCACUACAAAUUCUAAGAUUGCGGCAAAACAGGUUAAGUGGUAGCAUUCCUUCACAGAUAUGUGAACUAUCAUCCAUUCAAAUCUUGGACCUUUCUCGCAACAAUCUAAAUGGUUCAAUCCCUCGGUGCAUAGGCAAUCUUCGAGGAAUGACUCUUGAGGCUCCCGCUUUGUCUCCUACUUCAUCUGCUGCUAAGCCUCGCAAUUCGUUUAAUAGACGAGAAUCUGAUUGGCGAGAGGAGGAUGUCAUAGAAGUCAUAAAAGGAAGAGAACUUGACUACAUAAGAAUCUUGAAGCUUGUAGUCAUCAUGGAUUUGUCCCAGAAUAAUUUGGUUGGCUCCAUUCCAGAUGGAAUAACAUUGCUCAAUGGUUUGCAUAGCUUGAAUCUAUCAAACAAUCAUUUGAUCGGAAAGAUCCCUAACAUGAUAGGGGAUAUGAUAUCACUUGAAUCCUUUGACGUUUCAAGUAACCAACUCUCGGGCACAAUUCCAAGCAGCAUGUCAGCUUUAACAUCACUAAGUCAUUUAAACUUGUCACACAAUAACUUCUCUGGACCAGUUCCCACAGAUAACCAGUUUUUAACUUAUGAUCCAUCCAGUUAUGCUGACAACCCAUAUCUCUGUGGAUUUCUUCUACCCAACAAAUGUGGUUAUUCACAUCAAGUUAAUGGGACCACUGAAUUUGAAGAUGAAGACAGCAACUUAGAUAAGUUGGAAAAGUGGUUGUUCUACUUUGUCAUUGUAAUUGGCUAUGCAACUGGGUUUUGGGGAGUUAUUGGCACUUUGUGGUUCAAGAGAACUUGGAGGCAUGCUUACUUCGGAUGGGUGGAAGAUUUAGCCGACACGAUCUAUGUCACAACCGCAAUAAGAAUGGCAAAAUUGAAGAAGUGGAUGAUGAUGAUGAGAAACCGUGUUGUUGUUUGAUCAUGUGUGUGUUUUUAUUUUUAUUUUGAAGAAUCAAACGUGGUAAUAAAUUAAAGAAAGUGAAA